GCCUAAUAUAGUCUUUAUUAUUGUUCCUAAACUAAUUAAGACAAAUUAAAACAAUAUAUAAAGUAACAAAAAAAAAUCCCACUUUCCUUCAAACUUGAGUCUUGCUUGUACAGACAGUUGUACUACUUGUGGAAGCUGUUUAACUCAAAUUAAUAUUCUCUUUCUGUUAUUUUAUUUAAGGAAAUACAAUCACGUGACUGAGAUUAGCACUAGUAUACUAUAUAUAUACAUCACGACGCUGUUUUUAUACAUACUAUAUAUCAACGGCCAGAAUUAAGUAAGUAACCAUCCAUCGCCAACCGGAAAAUGACGUCAUCUUCACCGUCUCCACAAGCCUCGAUGCUUUUGUACUGGCACGAGAAUCAAUACGACGACCGGAACUUCCAGAUUCAUGGCCGGACACUCUUCUUCGCCUUAGCUUUAUUCUCCGUCGUGCUCUUCUUCGCACUACUCACUCUCUACAUCCACCGGAACUGCCUCCCCCGGGAUUCUAUCAAUCUCCACGCGUCCUCUCCCGAUCGACUCACGCGUUGCCGUAGCGGAGGGCUUGAUCCGGCGGAGAUUCGGAGCUUGCCGGUGGUGCUUUGCCGGAGAGAAAGGGCGGAGGAGGAGGAGGAGAAGGAGUGUUGUAUAUGUCUAGGUGGUUUCGAAGAAGGAGAGAAGAUGAAAGUGCUUCCUCCGUGUAGCCAUUGUUACCACUGCGAAUGUGUGGAUCGGUGGCUUAAAACCGAGUCGAGUUGUCCGCUCUGCCGAGUCUCCAUCCGUGUCGACUCGUCAAGCUAAUGAGACAGCUAGAGUGAUAGUGAUUAAGAUAUGAAUUUGUUUUUUUUUUUUGUAAUUGUGUGGGUAAAGAUUUAUACAUAUACUUGUGUAUUGCAUGGACAUGGAUGGAGGAUGAUGUUUACACACACACGAAUGGUUAUGGUUUUUUCUAAAAGGAUUUAAUUUUCAUAUUCU